GGAGCGAGCGCGCGAGGAGCUGAAAUGGUUGUGGGGGAGAGCAGACCGCCGAAGCUGGUGCGCGAGGGAGAUCUUCGACCUUGCCAGGAUCUAGUCUCCUGGAACGCCGUGAUCGCGGCCUUUGUCCCCGGUGUCUGGCCAGCUAGAUUCUCACCAGGAUGAAGCUCGAGGGCAAUCGAUCCAGCAGCGGGCCGCUGGAAGAGGGGCGGGCCAUGGCCGGGGAUGAUUGGAUUAGAUCCAGUCAGGGAUGAUCGAGACAAUGCCUGCCGGCUGCUGGCGAGAUCCAUGGCGAUGCCGAGCGCGCUGCUCGAGCAAUGGAAAAGAUCGUGGCUCCGCCAUUGCUCCUCAAAUGGAAUAUACUUUGAUCGAAACUAGAUACCAUUUUAUUUGAGUAGUAGGGUUCCAAGCCAGGUGAAAAUUCCAUGGGGAGCGAUGAUCGAGACGCCGAUCGCCCGCCUCCACUCAUCGAUGAUGCGGACGAGGAGGAGGAUGCUACGGCGCCAGUGCCAGCGAUUGAUUGUAAGCUUGAUGAUGCUGGUGAAGAUGAUGGUGCUGAUCGAGCGAUUGGGAGCUGCGCAUCGGUGGAUUCCGCCGAUCGUCCGCCCCCAUUUCGCGAGGAUGAUGGGGAGGAGAAGAUUCCAUCGGGGUUUGAGAUUGUGGAGGAGCUCUCUCCCUCUCCAUCUCCACCUCCAUCUCCACCGCCAGGGAAGAUCGAUGAGGGGUUUUCUUCUCCUCUAAGAGGGAAAUUCAAUGGUUUGGAAAGGAAGCGUUCCUGUUUCACCAAGUAUGUCGCUCAAACCACAAGUCCAUCCGAUGGAGAUGAUGUGAGAUGGUACUUCUGCAAGACACCUCUUGGUAUUCAUGAGGCGGCUGCGUCAGUGCCAUCGACUGAGAUCGUCGGCAAGGGUGAAUUUUUCCGGUUUAGUGUCCGCGAUUCCUUGUCUCUGGAAGAAAGCUAUCUCGAGAGAGAAGAGGAGCUAGUGGCUUUGUGGUGGAAAGAAUACGCCGAGUGUAGCGAAGGUCCAUCGAAAUCCAAGAGGCAUGAUCCAGAGGCUUUCCAAAGACACUCUUCGGAUUUCUACGAGGAAGCUGUCGGCGUCCCUGUGAAAGGUGGACUCUACGAAGUUGAUCUGGAUUCGAGGCGAUGUUUCCCAGUCUACUGGGGUGGCGAGCAUCGCCGAGUAUUGCGAGGGCAUUGGUUUGCUCAACGAGGGAGUCUCGACUGGCUUCCACUGCGGGAGGACAUAGCUGAACAGUUGGAAUUCGGGUAUCGCAGUAAGAUAUGGCUGAGACGCUCGUUUCAGCCUUCUGGCCAGUUUGCUGCUCGUUUGGAUUUUCACGGUGCUACUCAGGGACUUCACGCACUUUUUACGGGCGAGGAGGACAGUUGGGAGGCCUGGUUGAACGUGGAUGCGUCCGGAAUCACGUCCGUGCUUGGCCUUAAAGGCACCGGAUGCAAGCUGAGGCGAGGAUUUAUACUCUCGGGCUCACAGCUUUCCCAGGAUGAGCUUCGGCAGAAAAAAGAGGAGGAGAUGGACGAUUAUUGCUCUGAGGUUCCUGUACAACACCUUGUGUUCAUGGUCCACGGAAUAGGCCAAAGGCUGGAGAAGGCCAAUUUGGUUGAUGAUGUUGGUACAUUUCGACGCACAGCUGCGAUGCUAGCCGAGAAGCAUCUCACGAAAUAUCAGCGACACUCGCAGCGUGUUCUUUUCAUCCCAUGCCAGUGGAGAAGACAUCUCAAGCUGGGAGGUGAAGCAGCUGUCGAAAAUUGCACCUUAGAAGGUGUAAGAGCGCUACGUACGAUGAUCGGCGCCACUGUGCACGAUGUGUUGUAUUAUAUGAGCCCGAUUUACUGCCAAGACAUUAUCGAUUCGGUGUCUUCCUCUCUAAACAGAUUACACGAGAAGUUUAUGCGACGUAAUCCUGGAUAUAAUGGCAAGAUAUCGAUCUAUGGACACUCGCUUGGAAGCGUUCUUUCAUAUGAUAUUCUAUGCCACCAGGAAUCCCUGACGUCGAUGUUUCCUAUUCAAGAGAUAAACUUGAGUGUUACUAAUGCCGACGCAGAGAAUGAACGUCCACCGGAGUCAGAGCAACCCAGUCACUCUUCGGAUCAUGAUUCAAGAGACAGCAGCAAGGAAGGAUCAGACGCUAGUACGACUACAGAAGCUGAGACUGAGAGUGACACGGAGACGGAGAGAGUCAAGGCGUUACGUUCAGAGGUUGAGAUCUUGAGAAAGGAACUUAAGUCACUGGGAACAAACUCAGCAUUGGGAACGAAACAAGGAGAGCGAGCUCCUUCUCGAAAAUACCAUACUCCUCAAAUUCGAUACACAAAACUUUUGUUUCAGGUGGACACGUUUUUCGCUGUUGGAUCGCCACUGGGAUUGUUUCUCAGCCUCCGGAAUGUACGCCUUGGAUCGGGAACGGGUCAUGAGUACUGGGAAGAUGAAGGCAUUGAAGAAGAAAUGCCAGCAUGCAGGCAAAUGAUGAACAUAUUUCACCCGUAUGAUCCUGUCGCUUACAGAGUGGAACCUCUGAUAUCGAAGGAUUUCGUCGACAAGAAGCCGGAGUUUAUUCCAUACCACAAAGGAGGCAAGCGUCUACAUAUUGGGAUGCAGGAAUUUGGAGAAGACCUGGGCGCUCGCUCACGCGCUUUUGUGAGCUCCAUUGCUUCGGUUGGGAGUCGCGUCGCAAGUGCGUUUGUAAGCUCAGAUAGAAAAUUAGACGAGGAGAGUCCCACUAAAGAGGAGAGAAGCUACGGUAGUAUGGUGAUGGAAAGGCUGUCUGGAAGUCCCAAUGGUAGAGUCGACUUCAUGCUACAGGAUUCAACAUUCGAGCACCAGUACAUAUCAGCGAUUAGUUCACACACGAACUACUGGCACGAUCUAGACACCGCGCUCUUCAUAGUCAGGCACCUGUAUCAGCACAUCCCCGAGGAGUCUCCAGCAGAAGAGGAAGCCAAGAACAGGCUUUUGAGUGACUUUGGUGGCUACAUCGAGAACGACGAUGUGUCCUUCACUUUCUCCAGCAAGGAAGGAAUAGCUGCUGAAAUGGCUGCCGCAGAGAAAGCUGCUAGGGUCUAUCGUGUUGAGGUUUGAUACUUAAACCUUGUAAUUGGAUCGUUUGUGAUAGACUACUGCCAUCUUAAGAGCUUAAAAUUUGGAGAGGGCCGCGCGUACGCGAGCCCUCAACUUCCACAAA